GGUGGUCGGAGAGAAGGUGCUGGAUGAAGAGAUACUCUUCCCGCUGUCGCUUGCUCACUUGGACCAGCCUAACCCCUCCAACAAGGUCAUCACCGUGAAUGACAUCACUCCCGAACAACACAAGAAGUUGAACAGCAUCCUGGGCUUCGAGGUUGUUUCCAUGUUGUGUGUUCCUGUCAUGUGCCGGGCCACCGGUCAACUUGUGGCUCUGGGAUGUGCCUUCAACAAGAAAGCUGGCGGACACUACACAUCGAUGGACGAGCAGAUUAUCCGGCACUGUUUCCGUUUCACCGGCACCGUGCUCACCAGCACCAUGUCCGUGCAGAAGGAGCAAAAACUCAAGAUCGAGUGUCAGGCGCUGCUCCAAGUUGCCAAGAACCUCUUCACCCAUUUAGAUAACGUCACAGUGCUCCUUCAGGAAAUCAUCCAGGAGGCCCGGAACCUCACGAACGCAGAGAGCUGUUCCGUGUUCCUGCUGGAACAGAACAACAAAGAGCUGGUGGCCAAGGUGUUUGAUGGAGGAUUUGUUACUGAUGAGUCAGCGGAGUUCCGCAUGCCGGCGGAUCAGGGCAUCGCGGGCCACGUGGCGACGACGGGCGAGAUCCUCAACAUCAAGGACGCGUACGCACACCCGCUCUUCUACCGCGGCGUGGAUGACUCCACCGGCUUCCGCACCAGGAACAUCCUCUGCUUCCCCAUCAUCGACGAGAAUGGCGAGAUCGUUGGUGUGGCCGAAUUGUGUAACAAGAUCAACGGUCCCUGGUUCACCAAAUUCGACGAGGACCUUGCCCUGGCUUUCUCCAUCUACUGCGGCAUCAGUAUCGUCCACUCAUUGCUGUACAAGAAGGUCAACGAAGCUCAGUACCGGAGUCACCUGGCCAACGAGAUGAUGAUGUACCAUAUGAAGGUCACCAACGAGGAGGUGAUGCGACUACUGCAAUACGGCAUUCAACCCUUGAGCAAGAUCAGUUCUGACUUUGCCGAUUUCAGCUACACCCCACGGUCAGUUCCGCUGGAGGACACCACAAUGGCCAUCAUCAGUAUGGCUCAAGACUUGGGAUUCAUUGCUGACUUUAAGAUUGAGCUGAAGACUCUGGCGAGGUAGGUCUCUA